AUGACUCAAAGAGAUCACCUUCGUAAAGGUGAAGAUGUUGCCGUUUGGCGUAGCCUUGUAGCAGGGUCCUUAUCAGGACUCACUGCUCGGUUCGGUACUGCGCCUAUGGAUACCAUCAAGAUACGACUGCAGAUCAUGCCCCUACAAUCAGGGGAACAUUUCGGUAUUUUUGAUGUGAUAAGGGACAUAAUGAAAAAGGAAGGUAUCAGAGGACUGUGGAAAGGGAAUGUACCUGGAUCCAUCUUGUACGUUAUCUACGGGGGCACUCAAUUUGGUUCUUAUUCAAUGUUCAACACCAUAUUGAGUCCCAUUGGCUGGAGUGCACCGGUGCAUAGCUUUAUCGUUGGCGCACUCUCAGGAGCUACAAGCUGUGUAGCUUCUUACCCCUUCGAUGUCCUGCGUACACGGUUUGUAGCGGAUCGAAACAUCGAAUUAUCGAGCAUCACCAAGACGUUGCGUGAGAUAUUGCAUGAAAAGGGCGUUAAGGGAUUUUUCAAAGGCUGCACUUCCUCAAUUGUAACCAUCACCAUGACCACGUCCAUCAUGUUCAGUGUCUACGAAAGCAUAAAGAUACACUGUGAACAUUGGAAGACCAUGAACGACUCACAUUGGAUCUCAGCACUAGACCACUGCGCAGGCCCUAUUGGCGGUGUGGUAUCUAAAAUGAUGACAUUCCCUCUGGAUACUGCAAGGAGACGUAUGCUGAUUGGCCAUUCUCCGCUCGCAAAGGGUCUUACUACACAGGUGCACAUCUAUGAAAGUUACAAAGAAAUGGGACUCCUUCGCAUUGGCGCAACGAUCCUCAGACGUGAAGGUAUCUAUGCACUGUACAGGGGAGUCACCAUGGCACUUUUUAAGAGCGUACCGAGUACAACAAUCUGCCUCUACAGUUAUGAAUGGUUUAUAAAAUGUAUUUCCGGGUAA